AUGACCACAUUCACGAAACUCGAGGCCGGCGAACAGCCCAACAUCGCUGUGUACCCUUCCCACAAGCUCAGCAGGAUCAACGACAAUAUAUAUGGCGGCUUCACCGAGCACAUGGGACGAUGUAUAUAUGGCGGCCUAUACGAUCCAGGGAACCCGACAAUGGGACUUAUUGACGAAAAUGGAUUCCGCACAGAUGUCAUGGAGUCUUUCAGGGAGUUGAACGUACCUGUUGUGAGAUAUCCGGGAGGGAACUUUGUCGCGACAUACCACUGGAUCGAUGGCGUAGGUCCAAAGGAGAAGAGACCUCGAAGGCCGGAGCUGGCAUGGGAUGGUGUUGAGAGUAACGAGUUCGGCACCGACGAAUUUAUGAUGUGGUGCGAGCUUGUAGGAACGAAGCCUUACCUCGCUCUGAACUUUGGCACUGGUACUCUUGAUGAAGCAUUGGCAUGGCUCGAGUAUUGCAACUCGGCUAAAGACACUUACUACGCGAACCUUCGCCGUAAGCACGGCCGGGAUAACCCGUACAACGUGAAAUACUGGGCUCUUGGAAACGAGACUUGGGGACCAUGGCAGGUCGAGCAGAUGACCAAAGAAGACUACGCGAAGAAGGCCUAUCAAUGGGCAAAAGCGCUAAAGCUCGUUGACCCGUCCAUCGUUCUCAUCCUGUGUGGCGAGACCGGACACUCCGAGUGGGACUUUUACACUCUCAAGGAAUGCGUCCGCUUCGAUUUGCACGGUCUCAGUGGCAGCACGACAUCCAGUAUGAUCGACAUGCACAGUAUACACGUUUACACUGCUUCUAAUGACCCGGUCAAGAACGCCAUCGCGCCUCGCUCAGCGGAACGUGCGAUUGAGAUAUGCGCUGGCUUGAUCGACUUGGCCCGAAUCCAGAACAACGUCCCAGCCACUGUACCGAGGCAGACCAUUUGCUUCGAUGAGUGGAACGUUUGGGACCCAGCUCGAGCCAUCGGCGAGAAAGGCGCCGAGGAGAGAUAUACACUGUCCGAUGCUCUAGCUGUAGCCAUCUGGCUGAACGUCUUCAUUCGGCAAAGCAAGCACGUCGGCAUGGCGAACAUUGCGCAGAGCGUGAAUGUCAUAUCUCCGCUUAUGACGACAAAGGAUGGUCUCAUUAAGCAGACGACUUGGUGGCCGCUGUUGCUCUUCUGCAAGUACAUGCGCGGUUGGACUGUGGCAACGCAUGUAAGCUGUGCAACGUACGAGGGUGUCACGGAGCCGGCUUGGUUGGCAGCUACUAAUGACACACCUUGGUUGGAUGUCUCGGCUACCGUUAGUGAGCAUGGGUUUCUGAGCAUGUGCACUGUCAACGCGCAUCGAACCGAGUCAUGCGAGGUAGACGUUGAGGGUGUCAAGCCGGCAAACGGUGAGGUGGAGGUUUUUGUGAUCACAGGCGAGUCCUGGGAUGCGACGAACAUGGAAGAUAGCGAGAAGGUCGGCAUCAAAGAGAGCAAGUGGGACGGCAGCGGUACAUAUAAUUUCCCUGCUUUCAGUAUCACUAUGCUGAGAUGGAAGUGCUGA